ACGGGCAGGCCCCACCUGCUUUGGGCGUGGACGCAGGUGGUUAGAUGUGCCCUGGUAUCGAUGGAUGAUAUGACAUCUCGGAUGGUAUUUUUGGCCCGCCCUGACCCGGGUUGCCGAUCCAGUCCGACAGGUCUCAUACAGAUAUAUAAGCUUCGUCGACGGCUUCUCACCAGAGGCAGUUUACCCAAGCCUUAGCAUCCCAUCCAAGGUUCACAACCACACAUCCACGAGAGAUUCCAGCCAAUUCAUCCCUCACAAUGGAGAAGCUGCUGGUUUUCCUUCUCUUCGGAGACCAGUCUCUCGACACCCACGGGUUCCUUGCCGACUUCUACCGGCGUGAGGACCAGGGCAUCCUGGCCAAGGCCUUCCUCGACCAGGCCGGCGAGGCUCUGAGAUCCGAGGUCGACAGACUACCAAGGCUGGAGCGGUCGAAGCUGCCAAUCUUCCGCAACCUCCGCCAACUCAACGAGCGCUAUCAUUCACAAGUGCUCAAGCACUCGGGCAUCGACAGCGCCCUCCUUGCCAUCUCACAGCUCGUCGACUACAUCGACCAUGCGGAGAAGCACUACGAAGAUGUCACGCAACACGAGAACACGCACCUUGUGGGCUUGUGCUCGGGCCUGUUCGCAGCCUCGGCAAUCGCUUCGACAACAUCCGUGUCCAGCCUCGUCCCGCUAGCCGUCCAGACCGUCCUGAUGGCAUUCAGGACGGGCUCUCAGGUGGCCGCCCUGGCCGAGAGGUUAGAGCCAAGCACGGACUGCUCCGAGAGCUGGACUUGCAUCGUCCCGGGUCUCACCGAGGAAGCCGCCCAGGCGGAGAUUUCGGAGUUCCACAGCACGCAGGCCAUCUCGCCGGCCAGCCGGGCUUGGGUAAGCGCCACGUCGACGGCGAACUGCGCCAUUUCGGGUCCGCCAUCGACGCUGAAGGCGUUCCGGGCUGCAUCCACGUACGCAUCCAAGGCCACAUCCAUCCCGGUCUAUGGCCCGUACCACGCAGCACAUCUCCACCGCCCCGCCGACGUCGAGAGCAUCCUGCAGCUCGACAGCCCCGCAGUGGUCGACGCCUUUGUCAACACGAAGCCGCGGUCAAAGGUCAUGUCAUGCGAGAGCGGCACCUGGCUCGACGUCUCGAGCACCAAGGCACUUUUCACCUCGGUGGUGACCGAGAUCCUCACGCAGCCUCUUCGGUUCCGCAAGGUCCUUGACGGCUGCUUGCAGCAGGCCCGCGACUUCACGGGCAAGGCUUCGCUCAUCAUUCCCUUCGGGCCGACACAGCAUGCGGCCACUCUUGCCAACCUCCUCAAGGAGAACACGGAGCUUGAGGUGACUCUGCGCCAAGCCGCGCAAAUAUCGAGGGAGAGCCAGACGCCCAUUGGCAACCAUGGGUCGACAGGCCGGUGCAAGCUUGCCAUUGUCGGCAUGUCUGGUGUGUUCCCCGACGCGGCGGACCACGAGAAGCUGUGGGAUCUGCUGUGCAAGGGCCUCGAUGUCCACCGCGAGGUGCCCCCGGAACGGUUCCCUGUCGCCACUCACGUCGACCCCACCGGCAAGGCUGUCAACACUAGUCACACACCCUACGGCUGCUGGAUCGAGAAUCCGGGCAUGUUCGACCCGCGCUUCUUCAACAUGUCGCCCCGCGAGGCUUUCCAGACCGACCCCAUGCAGAGGAUGGCCCUGACGACGGCCUACAAGGCCCUGGAGAUGAGCGGCUACGUUCCCAACAGGACGCCCUCGACGCGGCUGGACCGUAUCGGAACCUUCUACGGUCAGACCUCGGACGACUGGCGUGAGAUCAACGCGGCGCAGACGGUCGACACCUACUACAUCACGGGUGGUGUCCGUGCCUUCGGCCCCGGCAGGAUCAACUACCACUUCGGCUUCAGCGGGCCGAGUCUGAACAUUGACACGGCCUGCUCGUCCAGCGCCGCCGCCAUGAACGUCGCCUGCUCGUCUCUCUGGGCCCGUGACUGCGACACGGCGAUUGUCGGUGGUCUGUCGUGCAUGACCAACUCGGACAUUUUCGCCGGUCUCAGUCGUGGCCAGUUCCUGUCCAAGAAGGGUCCCUGCGCCACCUUCGACAACGAGGCCGACGGCUACUGCCGUGGUGACGGUUGCGCCUCGGUCAUUGUCAAGAGGCUUGAGGAUGCCGUCGCGGACAACGACCGUGUUCUGGCCGUCAUCCUGGGCACAGCCACCAACCACUCGGCUGAUGCCAUCUCUAUCACACACCCCCACGGGCCUACCCAGUCCAUACUUUCCUCGGCCAUUCUCGACGAGGCCGGCGUGGACCCGCUCGAUGUCGACUACGUCGAGAUGCACGGCACCGGCACACAGGCCGGCGACGGCACCGAAAUGGUGUCGGUCACUGACGUCUUUGCGCCGGCCAGCAGGAAGCGGCCGGCCGAUCGUCCCCUCUACCUCGGCGCCGUCAAGGCAAAUCUGGGCCACGGUGAGGCUGCAUCGGGUAUCACUGCGCUGUGCAAGGUGUUGCUCAUGCUCCAGAACAACGCGAUCCCGCCGCACGUCGGUAUCAAGAAGGGCUCCGUCAUCAACAAGACCUUCCCCAAGGAUCUUGCCGAGCGCAAUGUCAACAUUGCCUUCCACAUGACCCCCUUCAAGAGGCGAGACGGCAAAUUGCGCCGCGUCUUCAUCAACAACUUCAGCGCUGCCGGUGGCAACACGGGCCUGCUUCUGGAGGAUGCUCCCAUUCUUUCACCGGCCACCCCGGACCCGCGCAGCGUCCACGUUGUUACCAUCACGGGCAAGUCCAAGACCUCGAUGCUCAACAACGCCGAGCGCAUGGUCUCGUGGAUCGACAAGCACCCAGACACCCCGCUGUCGCACCUCGCCUACACCACCACUGCUCGCCGCCAGCAGCACUACUGGCGCAUGAACGUGGCGGCGAGCGACCUGGCCGAGGCCCAGCAGCUUCUGCGCGCUCGCCUCCAGGAGAACUUCGUCCCCGUUUCGUCGGAGCAGCCCAAGGUUGCUUUCCUGUUCACGGGCCAGGGCUCGCACUACGCCGGCCUCGGCAAGGAGCUGUACGCCAACCACUCGGUGUUCCACCAGAGCAUCAACGAGUUCGAUCACAUUGCCCAGAUCCACGGCUUCCCCUCGUUCAUGCCGCUCAUUGACGGCAGCGAGCCGGAUGUGUCCAAGCUGUCACCUGUCGUGGUUCAGCUUGGUCUGGCCUGCUUCGAGAUGGCUCUUGCUCGCCUCUGGAUUUCCUGGGACGUCAAGCCCUCGGCCGUCCUUGGCCACAGCCUCGGCGAGUACGCCGCACUGAACGUGGCUGGCGUUCUGUCUGCGAGCGACGCCAUCUACCUGGUCGGAGUUCGUGCUCAGCUCCUUGUAGAGAAGUGCACUGCCGGCACCCACGCCAUGCUGGCCGUCCAGGGCGCCGUUUCCGUUGUCCAGGAUGCCCUCGGCGACAAGGCCGCCACCACCAACGUGGCUUGCAUCAACGGCCCGCGCGAGACCGUUCUCAGCGGAGAGGCUGGCGAAAUGGCCGAGAUUGCCCAGCAGCUGACGGCAGCGGGCUUCAAGUGCACCCAGCUGAAGGUUCCCUUCGCAUUCCACUCGGCCCAGGUCGACACCAUCCUGGAUGAGUUCGAGACGCUUGCACGCUCGGUGCGCUUCAGCCUCCCCAAGGUGCCGAUCAUCUCUCCCCUGCUGGGCAAGCUUGUCGAGAACGAGCCCAUCAAUCCCAAGUACUUGCGCGAUCACGCUCGCGAGGCCGUCAACUUCCUUGGAGGCCUCGUCUCUGCUCAACAGUCUGGCACCAUUGACGAGACGACGGCCUGGAUCGAGGUUGGCCCUCACCCCGUCUGCUCCAACAUGGUCAAGGCCGCCUUUGGGGCCUCCACAGUUGCUGUUCCCACUCUCCGCCGCAACGAGCCGUCGCUGUACAAGACGCUCAGCGCCAGCCUGUGCACGCUGCACACUGCCGGUCUCAAGAUCGACUGGAAUGAGUUUCACAACGACUUCAUCUCGUCCGUCAGGAACCUCGACACUCCGGCUUAUGCCUUUGACGAGAAGAACUACUGGAUCCAGUACGAAGGCGACUGGAGUCUCAUCAAGAACCGCGGCUUCAACAAGGCGCUCCCCCCGGCCACCGUGGUCAAGCCCAAGCUGGAGACGACGACGGUCCACAAGGUGCUCAGUGAGGAGGUCAAGGGUGAUGUCUCCAUCGUCGAGAUCGAGACCAACCUGUCCAGGGAGGACAUCCGCGGCGUCGUGACUGGCCAUCUUGUCAACGGCGCCCCUCUGUGCCCUUCGUCACUGUACGCCGAUAUGGCCAUCACCGUCUGCGACUACGCCUACAAGCUGGUCAAGCCAGAUGCCAAGAAUCUUGGUGUAAACGUCAGCCACAUGGAGGUGCCCAAGACGCUCAUCUUUGACGAGAACCUCGAGGCCCACGUCCUGAGGAUGACGACCACGGUCAACACGGCCACCAACAGUGCCGAGGUGGUCUACCACACAGGCGAGGGUGCCAAGCGCAUCGGCCAUGCCAACUGCAAGGUCUUGUUUGGCAACACUGAGGACUGGCAAGGCGAGUUCGACCGCGUCUCGUACCUCAUCAAGUCGCGCAUCGACAGCCUCAUUGCCGCCGAGAAGGAGGGCAAGGCUUCCAAGAUUGGCCGUGGACUGGCCUACAAGCUGUUCAAUGCCCUGGUCGACUACAACCCCCGCUACCGCGGCAUGGAGGAGGUGACGCUCGACAGUGACACGUGCGAGGCCACCGCCAAGAUCAAGUUCCAGACCUCAGAGCAGGAUGGGAAAUUCGUCUUCAGCCCCUACUGGAUUGACAGCCUGUGCCACAUCUCGGGCUUCAUCGUCAAUGGCACAGACGCUAUCGACUCUCGCGACCAGGUGUUCAUCUCGCACGGUUGGGGCGCCAUGAAGUUCACCGAGCUUCCCGUCGCCACCAAGGAGUACCGCAGCUACGUGCGCAUGCAACCCGUCAGGGGUUCCAAGGUGUACGCCGGCGAUGUCUAUGUCUACGACGGCGACAAGAUCAUCGGCAUGUGUGGCGAACUCAAGUUCCAGUGCAUCCCGCGCAAGGUCCUCAACAUGAUGAUGCCGCCCCGCGGCGCUGCUGCCGUCGGCGCUCCCGCUGCCCGCCCCAUUGCCGCCGCUGCCCGCCCUGCUACCAAGGCCGCCCCCGCCAAGAAGUCCAAGGGUGUCACGCCCAAGACCAUCGCCAAGGUCAACCAGAAGCUGGCCACGGUCGUCUCACAGGUGCUUGACAUCCUGGCUCAGGAGGUUGGCGUCAGCCACGAUGAGCUCGCGGACAACAUUGCAUUCACCGAUCUUGGUGUGGACUCGCUGAUGUCGCUCACUGUGAGCGGCCGCAUCCGCGAGGACAUGGACCUGAACAUCGACUCUCACGCCUUCGUCGACCACCCGACCAUCGGUGCCUUCAAGGACUUCCUGGCCCAGUUCGAGGGCCCUCCGGGUCCUUCCGAGGAUAGCUCCAGCUCGGCCUCGUCUGACUCUGGAGACCUCGAGACCGACUCGGAUGUCACCACCCCUGCCGACGAGAGCGAGACGGGCUCGCUCAAGGGUGACAAGUCGGCCGGCGCCGAGGUGUCCAACAACGACGCUCUCCGCGAGGCCGUCCGCAACACCAUCGCCACUGAGAUGGGGAUGGAGGUCGACGAGAUUAUCGCCGCCCCCGAUCUGGCCAAUCUCGGCAUGGACUCGCUCAUGAGCCUGCAGAUUCUCGGGACUCUGCGGGAGCGCACAGGCAUGGACAUCUCGGCGGACCUGUUCGUCAACAACUCGUCGCUCAAGGACGUGGAGCGCGCCCUCGGCAUCAGCGCUGUCCCCAAGCCCGUGCCCCAGGCCGCCCCCGCCAAGGCCCACAAGGUCAAGGCCGAGAAGGUCAGGCCCCUGCCGCCGACCACGGCCAUCCCGCCCUCGCAGGUGACGGCCUCCAUCGUCAAGCCGCCUCCGCCGAAGGAGAUUGUAGACAACUACCCGCACCGCAAGGCCACCUCGGUGCUCUUGCAGGGCAGCCACAGGACCGCGACGCACAACCUCUUCAUGGUGCCCGAUGGCAGCGGUUGUGCCACCUCGUAUACCGAGAUCUCCGAGAUCGGCCAGGACUGGGCCGUCUGGGGGCUCUUCUCGCCCUUCAUGAAGACUCCCGACGAGUACAACUGCGGCGUCUACGGCAUGGCGGCCAAGUUCAUCGAGGAGAUGAGGCGCCGUCAGCCCGCCGGCCCCUACAGCCUGGCCGGCUGGUCCGCUGGUGGUGUCAUCGCCUAUGAGAUCGUGAACCAGCUGACCAAGGUGGGCGAGUCGGUGUCCAACCUCAUCAUCAUCGACGCGCCCUGCCCCAUCACCAUCGAGCCGCUGCCUCGCUCGCUCCACGCGUGGUUCGCCGAGAUCGGCCUUCUGGGUGACGGCGACGAGACCAAGAUACCGGAUUGGCUGCUCCCCCACUUCGCGGCCUCGGUCACGGCCCUGUCCAACUACACGGCCGAGCCGAUCCCCAAGGACAAGUGCCCCAAGGUCAUGGCCAUCUGGUGCGAGGACGGCGUCUGCCACCUGCCCACCGACCCGCGCCCGGACCCUUACCCCACCGGCCACGCGCUGUUCCUACUCGACAACAGGGUCGACUUUGGCCCCAACCGCUGGGAUGAGUACCUCGACGUCGGAAAGAUGACUAUGAGGCACAUGCCCGGAAACCACUUUUCCAUGAUGCAUGGUUCUUUUGCCAAGCAGCUGGGCUCGUUCAUGCGCGAGGCCCUGUGCUGAGAAGGCGAGGAGGAUGGGAGCGCGACGGUGGUAUCAGCAACAACAGCAGACCCCAGACUCGUCGUGUCGCACAACGACGCUCCUUUGUCACCUCUUUUGUUUUUUGUCCUUGCACUACUGCAGACUUUCCUUGGUAUCCUCUCACGACUACUACCGAGCCCUCUCCUGAGCCGUCAUCUCAGAGGGCUCCGGCAUCAUCUCGAUUCUCACCAUCACCGCCACCACCAUCAGCGCCCGGCGCUGGAAAUGACAUGGCACAGCGUUUUGUGUGUGCGGCUCUUUGCCCUGCGUCUUUAUCGUUUCCUUCAGACUUUUGGAACAUGGCAAGGGGGCGUUCCUGCUAUUUUUGCUUCUCUUGCUCGACGGUUCACAUCUUACUAAUUCUGCUGCACCUCUCUUGUUGUUGCUUUUUUUGUUGCUCCUUUUCCUCCGCAUGAUCUCUUUGGCUUGCUUGUUGCCUGCGCUUUUACACCCAUCGGGGUAUGACAAUUGCUUUAGAUCUGAUUUACUCGACUGCUCGGAUGUCUAAUUGGUUUUUGUUUUGCAAAUCCUUGCGUGUUCAUUCCGUUUCUCUAUUUCUUCCAUGUCCAUCUCACUCGCCUGCCUCUAAUAUCCCCCUUGGGUCCACCUGGACGCUUCCAUUCCUUUCGAAACGCGGCCCUCAUGAUAUCGACCAGAGUUCUGUACUCAGACUUCUUUGUUGCUUGGGUUUUAUAAUGCCUUGUUUUGGACGCUCAAGAUGGUAAAGACUGAAAAUAGUUUGGGUUUUCUUAUCUCCUCGCACUAGCUAAUCAAUCACGAGUUCAAACCACA